AUGGAUCCAAUUGAUACAGUGUACAUCCAGGAGGAAGAGAUAUUUAAUGCGGAUUCUUCACCUAAGCAAGGAGCUGAAAAGACCAGCAAAACAGAGGAAACCAUCGGAAAUUUAGAGCAAGAUAUCGACAAAGCGUAUGGAGUGAUUGAAUCAAAGUUUCAAGUAUUGUGGAAGGAUAACUCCGGUUUGUUUCAAGAGAAACAAUUGGAGGAGCAUAAACAAAAUUUGGUUAAACAACUAAACACAUUGAAAGCAAACGUUGCUGAGAAUAAAAAUUUGCAAACAGUAGGGGAAAGCUUCAGAGCAUUUGAAGAGCAAUUGAAACAAGCUAACCUUGAACAACGGUUGCACAUAGACGAGUUAAAGAAAGGAGCAACCAGUGCACUAGAUGCUUUGGAUUCGCGAUUGGAAGUUGUCGAAAACAAAGCCAGUGAGUACGUUGGGCAAUUUGCGUCGUUCUUCUCGAAUAUAGUCUCCGUUAGGCCAGAGACUGACACUAUGCAAGAAAAGGAGGUUCUUUACAGCUCUCCGUUGAAUAAAUAUUCUCAGUAUGGAACAACAAGAUAUGACCAAGAUUUGUUAAAAUUACACACAACGCGGAGCUAUUAUAUCGAAGAUACACUUGACGAUCCGGAUGAGCUAAAACAAUUCAAUUCGGAUGCAAAAACAUCUGAAAUUGAUCGUCUUUUGAAGAAGUACCCUGAGACUUUAGUAGAAACUAUGAAUGAGCUUGUGCCAGUCGAAGUUAGUUACAAUACUUUUUGGUAUAGGUAUUUCAAGAAUGAGAAUAAAUUACAGAGUUUGGACCAACAGAGAAAGGAGCUUCUUAGCAAGAACAAAGGCAGGCAAACAGGUGAUGUGGAGGGGACUGCCGAGAAGGAGGACGAAGAUGAUUUCGCUUGGGACGAAGACGAUGAAGAACCUCCAGUGAAGGUAGAAAAUCCUAGGAAGUCACAAGAGGGUCAAAAAGUCUCGGGCAAGGAAGUGAAAACUGAAAACAAUGAUGAUGAAGAAGACGAUGAUGACUGGGAAUAG